AUGGCGUUCAACAUCUCUACACUUCUCGCUUCAGCUGAUGAAGACGUUCGACCGUCGCAGGACGAAUCGCAACUGUCGGCGACAGAUGAAGACCGAGCUGAUGAACUGCCCGAAUGGUCUCGCCUCAGCGCUACGGAUCGCCAAGGAGAGGUACCACAAUGGAAUAGCAUGGCUUCAAGUCAGCUUGCAAUGUACGCGAUUGCACAUAACAUCAAAACUCCGUCAUUGGUGAUUGACAGAGAGUUGGGCUGGGAGUACGUUGCUAGUGCGAAUAAUUAUACUGUCGCUGAAAAUACCGGUGUUAUAGCCCGGAAGCACGACUACCGAAGAUCGCGAAAAGCUCUUGGCGAUCGUAAACCUCGUCAGGCUUAUACAUCACAACAACUGGAGAAGUUGGAGUGCGAGUUUCAGUGUACCAGAAAAGGAUUCAAGCUUAUCACGCAGUCGUUAAUCUGA